AUGCAGCGAAAGGAAGUAAUAAUUUCGAAAAAUCUCUGCUUUAAUUGUCUCGGGCCUCAUCAGAUAAAAUCAUGCCGCUCAACAAAACGCUGUCGUCUCUGCCACAAGCAACAUCACUCCACGUUACAUUAUCAAGCCGGUAACGCAGCGAUCGGUGCAUCAGCUGCACACUCAGACUCGUCGACGCCUGUCGUCAAGACAAUCACAUCGUCUCCGCCGACAAUUCAUACUGCAGGUAUUCCGCCACACGAAUCUGUUGCUCCUCUACGGAAUACCGAGCAAAUCUCAAACUCCGUGACAUCAAGUCACGUCGCUCAAUCGCGGAUAAUCCGUCGCACUCCGGUUCUAUUAGCCACAGCUCUCGUAAACGUAGUGUCAUCAACCGGAGAUAUCUAUCAAGUGCGCGCUCUUAUCGAUCAAGGAUCGGAAGUCUCGUUUGUCUCGGAAUCGGUCGCCCAAUUAUUAAAACUCUCGCGUCAAGCGGCGGCUAUUCCGAUUCUCGGCAUCGGAGCUCAUCGCUCAAGCAUAUCAAACGGACUCGUCUGUCUCAAAGUGAUAUCUCAAGUGCAUAAAGACAGUUCUCUCGAAGUCGAUGCUCUCGUACUGCCGAAAUUAACGUCCUAUCUGCCUCCCGCGCGUGUCGAAUAUACUCAGUGGCCGCACAUACAAGGUCUCGAGCUCGCGGAUCCAAACUUCGCCACGCCCGACAAAAUCGAUCUCAUACUAAGUGUAACGGUGCACGCUCAAAUACUCAAAGACGGUAUUCGUCGAGGAAAUAUCGGCGAACCCAUCGCUCAAGAAACGACUCUCGGAUGGGUGCUAUCAGGGCCCCUCUCAAAUGAUAAUUCGAAGACCAACGCCAUGGAAAACAACUCAGUCAUCGGUCUUCAGUGCUCUCUCGACUCUGAGCUCCUGGAGCUCCUUCAACGCUUCUGGACACAAGAGGAAAUCGCGCCUGCCUCUCAAAUCUCAAUGUCUCCAGAAGAAUCUCAGUGCGAAGAACAUUUCAAAAUGACUCAUUCUCGCGACGUCAACGGACGAUUUGUUGUACGCUUGCCUCUCAAGAAGAGUGUUAGUGAAUUUGGUGACUCUCGCUCUAUCGCACUCAAGGCGUUGUAUUGUGACCGAACGUUGUGA